UUCAAAAAUAAUCUAACACCCAACCUCACCAAACAACCAGAAAAUUGAACAACAGGUACCUAUUGUUGUAUAACAAUUAAAAAUUAGAGGCGGAAAAUCAACAGAAAAUAAAAAAAAUAUUGAUGAUAUAUUCUAUUAAAAAAACUUAAAAUACUUGGUUUAAAAAUAUUCGAAGAUGUUGCUCCCUUCGACAGAUAAGAUAUCACAAGAAUAAAAAAUGGAUGUGAACACAAUAAUGUCGUCAUUCCAAAAAUAUCGAAAUAUAUGAAAAUUUAGUAAAAGUUAAACAGCAUAAAAAUCAGUAGCAAGAGAAAGGCGUCAAUAACGACAAAAAAAUCGACAGAAAAACCCUAAAAAGAAAACCAUAAAAUGAAACUAUUCUUCUUCGUUUUUGUUUGUUCAAGGAGCUUUGUUCAUGGAACUGUCUUACUUGAAGAUUAUGAUGCCAACGAUCGAUUGAAACCACAAUAUCCUGAAGCAAUGGUGACAUACCGUCUGCCACAACUAACCAUAGCUCAACAUGAGAAUCAACGGGCACAUUUUCAUCCUUUGACACAGUUGGAAAAUAAAAUGAUGGUUACACCACACACAAUACCAUAUCCACAAACACAGUCAAAGACCAGAAGUUAUGUAUUCAGUGAACAGCAGAUCACUCCAUCUCCAAUAUAUCCCAAUCAGCUAUCAACUUAUACUCCUCGAAAUCAACAAUUGUUAAGUCUACAGCAAAGAUCAUCCAUAUCGUUCCCUUUUGUGGAAAAUAUUCCAGGACUUUCAACGUAUAGUCCCCGACAGUACUCAAUCAUCUCCCAGCAGCCUGUAUACACGAAACCUCGACUCAGAAUUUUUCCCAAGUCAACGAGAUAUUUUAUGUCACCUAAACAUCCUAUUGAUAGAUAUAUUAUUGACCCAAAGCUGUCAAGAACUGUUGACCAGUAUGCAAGUAAAUCGAUGUAUAUAGAUCAACAGCCCAACAGAGAUUCUAUGCAACAGGCAAUACAACAACCAAUAAGAAACAAGCAAGCUACUUUUAUUAGAGAUUCAAACCCAGAAGCUAAAAAUAUUAUGCCAUCACAAUAUCAUGUUCAUUACAAUGUGCCAGUCACAACGAGACAACGUACAAAAAAUAAAAUCCCCCGUGUUAAAGAAGGAAAACGAAAUCAUAUAAAUAAUAUGGUAAUAGUACGAAACCAAACCUACAGUAAUGAACUGAGAACGUAUCCCAAUGGUAAUUUCAAACCAGUAAUGGAUGAUAACCGUCUGUCACCACAGACACAAAAUGCUUUGAAGUUAUCUCACUUUCUGAAAAACGUCAAGAACUUGAAAGAUAAAUUAAAAGAACGCACAAUGAAAGAAGAAUUAACUUUCUACGACGAUGACGUCAACAAUAAAUCUCGUCAUCGCUCAACAAAUUUUGCACCACCAACAAGGAAACUGGGCUCUAUGGGAUCACCAGGUGGUAGUCAUAUAACCUUUAAUAAAGAACCAGUUGCGCAACCAUUAAUUAUUUCAGACACAAAAAGUGGCAGUGAACACGUGACUAUUGCAGAAAAAGAUAGUAAAAUAGGACAUUCAUCAAACAUUUCGUCUGGGAAUGUAGCUCAGAAGGAGAAAAAUUUUCUCGUUAAAAGUAAGAUGAUCUUUGGACAAUCUUCAAACAAUACUUCCGCUCAGUUUGAUCUUGGACUUCUGAAGGACAAAGUUCUUCAUAGCAAUAACAGCAAGUUUUUAAAACGAGUUUUACAAGUUCUUAAAAAGUACACCAAACUCUUGAAAACCAGUAUGACAAAAAGAAACGAAACAGUUGAAGAAAAAGUCUCAAAUUCUUCCAUUCCAGUCAAUAUUUUAGGUAUGAAACAGCCUGAUAACAUCAGAAAUGUUUCACAUCAAAUUAAAGACUCUAAAGAAAAGGAAAAUGGUCUAGAUUUACCGGACGGAAUAAAUUCAACAAAGACCGCCGUGAAACUUUUCGAUAUACUCAGCAGUGCUUCAAAAGAAAGUUCUAAUACUACUCCUGUCAAUAAAGAAAAUAAGGAGGAAAAGUUUGCUUUGAGGAAAGAUAAGUUUGAAACAAAACUAAUGGAUGUUCUUAUGGAAAUAGAUAAACAUAAAAAUGCGAGCAAGAAAGAGAAAAUAGAGACUGCUGACAAAGGUGGAAAAUUCAAUUUUGACAAACUUAAAUUUGGACUUUAUCGAGGAAAUACUAUUGAUUGAGAUUACAUGAAGUACAAAGUUUUUCUGCCGUGUUCAGCAAAUAUUGUUGAAUGAUGAUUCAAAAAGAGUUUUUACGAAAACUUUUCGUAACGUUUCCCACACAUACUGCAUGACUAAUAAAAGUCGCACACUUGUUUUUGGGCUUUUAGUUUACAUUCCAAAUGUGAUACAUAUAGAAGAUUAUAUGCAUUUGUGCAGAUUAACAUAAAAAAUAUAAAUUUAUUGAGUAUUGA